CACCUCAUCCUCAUUGCGGAAUCCCCUCGCCUUCCUUUGGCGGGUCGGGAUCAUGUGCAGAGUUGUAACGUUCUAGUUAUAUCCCUCGGGAGUUUUCCCGGCGGCUACGAUGCGAACCGGCCGCAGCGGAUGUGAGGUCCGCUUUCCGAACCGACCCCCGCUUGCUCUUCCCGUCCUCCGUGCCCAGAGUCCAGCCUAUCUUCGGUAGCCCAUCAAUGAUAAAAUGCCCAGCAACGAGCCUCCAAUCUGUGCCUGACUCGCCAGUGAACUCGUCUUUGCAAUUUUCGCGCUCUCCAUCCCCAGUUGUUCGCCCGCGCUCAAACGAGCAUAACGAGAAGCCGCCGAAUCGGACUGGUCUCAGACAAGUGGGGCUGUGAUCUCGCACCAAAGGCCCAGAUAUCGUGCUUGUGAACAGGGCAUCGAGAGGGGAAGGACAGCUUCAGGAGCAGAGACCGCAGCAGCCAUGGCAGAAAGCCAGGAGUUUCAGCAAUGGCAUGCCAGCGACCCCUACCUUGAGCCCCGUUGCUCGCUGGGCGAGGGACCCUACUAUGAGCCGGCCACCAACACGCUGCGCUUCGUCGACAUCAUCAAGAAGCAGCUCCACACCGUCUCGCUCGCCGAGGGGCCCUCGUCGCUCAAGACUCUCCAGUUCGACGAGGCUGUCACCGUCACGGCCGACAUCGACGGCAGGGACCCGCAGGAGGCGCUUUUGAUCGGGGCCAAGCAGGGGCUGGCGGUGCUGGACAGGCAGACGGGGAAGUACGAGUAUGUGACCAAGUUUGGGCAGGAGAAGGCGGAACGGAUCAGGAGCAACGAUGGCACGGUUGAUCCGAACGGGCGAUUCUGGCUGGGGACCAUGACGGACUUUGGCAUGGGACCGUUCCAGCCCGAGGGGUCCCUCUAUCGCUUCGCCCAGGCCGGCACGCCGCCUGAGCGCAUCCUCUCGGGCCUCAUGAUCCCCAACUCGGUCGGCUUCUCCCCGGACGGCCGCACCAUGUACUUCACGCACUCGACGGCGCGCGAGGUGCUCGCGUGGGACUACGACCCGGCCGACGGCAGCCUGUCCAACCAGCGCGUCUUCUACCGCCACGACGGGCCCGGCGAGCCCGACGGCUUCCGCGUCGACACGGACGGCAACCUCUGGCACGCCGUGUACGGCGAGUCGCGCGUGCUCAAGAUCACGCCGGCCGGACAGCUGGUGGGGGAAGUAAGGAUCCCGACGCGCAAUGCCACUUGCUGCGAGCUCGUCGGCGGCGGCGAGCUGGUGAUUACCACGGCGGGGGAUGACGAGGGCGAGGGCGAGAGCAAGCGGCUGGGAGGGUCCGUGUUCAAGGUGCACGUCGGCGCGGAGGGGGCGCCGAGAUACGCUUACAAGCUGGGGAAGUGAGUGAGGUGUUGGGGGGUGAGGAUCACGGUGAGUCGGUGGACAAGCUGAGAAAGUCUGAGAAAAUUCAUCGAAAAUGGACUAACGUUAACCAUCUCUCACCGUGCUACCGUUUAACAAGUCAACCAUCAAUCAUGGGAUACAGCCGGGCAGUCAGAGUGGCCCCAGGAUUCGCGAUGUGAGGAACCAAAGGAGAAGAGGGAGUGUAACGCCCAUGUACAGUACAUACCUUACCUUACCUGUGUAAGGUACGGAUUAUUCACAUCCAGGGCCGGAAUCCCAUUUCACGCUAUGCGGUGAAUCUGCG